AUGUCGGAACACGAGAGCAAAUCCUCCCGGAUAGCUAUCCAUCUUGGAAAAUCAUCUACGUCUUCGCCACACGCAAUCAAGAAACGCGCCCGGCCGGUGCAUGGGAAACGACAUCGAGCGCAAGCGCUACACGAGGGUUCUGACUCGGAAGACAACAGCGAUGAAGACCAGCAGACCCACGGUCGGCAAGAGACCAUUACUUCCUACGAUCUUCUAGGUACAAGUUCAAAUGCAGACAAGGCACAGAAACGAGAGGGUACACAAAAACGCGAUGGCGACAAUGCAAGAGAGCAGCAAAGCACUUCGCCCUCUGAUAAGAAUUACGGCGAGGCAAAUAGAGACGAUAGCGAGAUUGCCACACAACCCGACCAACAGGACAAGCCAGUCAAGUGGGGGUUGACCAUCAACAUGAAAGGGCCGAGAAGCAACAAGCACGGAGAGAGAGAGGGUUCGAAGUCGCGGACGGACGAGUCUUGGUCUCGAGAUGCGCCAAGUAAGGGGUCAAUGGCCGCGAAGGACCUCGACGACGAAGCGCUGGACGCCCUCAUGGGAUCAAGCACCCCAAAACGCAUACACCCAGAUUCCGACGACGCCGACCGGGAACCGCGCCCCGAGGACUAUCAGUCCGUCCCGAUUGACGACUUUGGCGCCACGCUUCUCCGCAAGUUCGGCUGGGACGGUAAGAUGAGGGGCAAGCUCAGGGAAGUGACGAGGCACGCGAACCUCACAGGACUCGGCGCGAAGGACGCCAAAGAGGCCGAGGACCUUGGCGCAUGGAACCAAAAGGCCGCGAAAGAUUCCCGGCCGGUGCGGCUUCACGACUACCAGAGGGAGGAAAGCAAGAAGCGCCAACGGACGGACGACCGCUACGCUGACAGCUACAAGCGGGAGCGGGAAAGGGAAAGGGAGAGUGAACGACGAGAGCACGAGCGCAGCCGAGACAGAUAG